AUGACAAAGAACCAGAACAGCAGAGGAAACAAGUUAGGCAGCUACAUGAAGGCACCUUUAAGGUUGUUUGGAAAGGUAAGGGAUGUCUAUGUCCGUGGCAUGAUUCAAUGUUCUCAUGACUUGGCCUCUGUGGAUCAUGCAACCAUGGUCACGGGAUCAUAUCCUAGAAGCUUCAGCGCUAAUGCUGCGACUUCUACGGUGAGUGACGAUGAUUUCAAGGAGCUAGUAAGGCUUGCGUCGCUUAGGAUCAGAUCAGGUGGAAAUGGCGUUCAAUUGGAUGCGGAGAAUGUGGUGAAAGUGCCUCUUCAGAGGAGUCGCAGUCUUGCAAUGGAAAGGAUCGAAGAAGGAGAAGAUGAGGAACGUGAGUUUGGAGAUGAUCGUGAUGAUAUCAACGUCAAGCCCCUUCUUUAUACGCAAAGUAGAAGUUGUACCAUUCCCGCAAGAUCAACUAUGUUUUAA